CGCCGCUCUGCGCCUCCAGCAGCGAACUCCGCUUCAGAGCCGCGAUGUUUACAUGUGACGCAAAAGACCGAGAGAGAGAGCGGAGAGUCCGUCUGCACUGCUCAGACAUCAUGGGUCACGGCUGGACUUUUACCGGGAUAUAAAGGAGUGCAGUGACGGGCAGCACGUCUUUUGUGAAUGACUUGUUUUUACGGACAACACCGCAGGGUCAACAAUGUCCAUUUUAGCCCGGCUUAUAUGUUUUCUUUUCAACAUCCUGCUUUAUAUCCACUUGUCCCUCUGUGUGGAAAUAGAUUUCUGUCAGCCUGUGCAACUUGACCGCGAAGAGACCAAAAAACCUGGCGUUGUGGUGAAAAUAAGCGCUUUUAAACAGGAAUUUUACCUAAACGUUUUGCCAGACGCCAGUUUUCUUGCACCUGAUGCCACAUAUGAAAGUCAUCCGUCAUCCUCAGCUUCUUCAGUCUCUGAGCUGAGAAGGUGCUUCUACUCGGGAGAGGUGAACUCAGACUCUUCCUCCUAUGCAGCCCUCAGCCUGUGCGGAGGAGUGCAGGGAGCCUUCUCCUACAAUGGGAUGGAGUACCUGUUCCAGCCCAGAGGGAACCACACAGGUCCAGGAUUCCCCUCAAGUGCAGAAAAGACUCACAUCAUACGAAGAAGGCAUGCCAUCAUCAACCCCCACAACUCCACGUCCAGAUGUGGGGUGGCAUCUGCUCCUGACCAUGGUAUUGCGGAGUCCCUGGAGAAAUACAAGCACCUGAAGGCCAAAAAUCUGACGGAAACUGUGCUGAAAGGCAUGACCAGGUCUAAAAGGUUUGCAUCUCUCCCCAGGUAUGUUGAGGUCUUGGUCGUCGCCGACGACUCCAUGGCCAAGUUCCACGGGGACGACCUCAAGCAUUACCUUCUGACUCUUAUGUCUGUGGCUGCUAAGCUGUACAAGCACCCCAGCAUCCUGAACUUCAUCAACAUUGUGGUGGUCAAGUUCAUGGUGAUCACUGAGGCUGAAAAAGGGCCCAAGAUCUCCAGCAAUGCAGCUCUGACACUGAGGAACUUCUGCACCUGGCAGAAGAAGCUCAACAAGGUCAACGACAAACACCCCGAGUACUGGGACACUGCUAUAUUGUUCACUAAGCAGGAUUUGUGUGGGGCUACCACCUGUGACACUCUGGGCAUGGCUGAUGUUGGGACCAUGUGUGACCCUAAGAGAAGCUGUUCAGUCAUCGAGGAUGAUGGCCUGCCCUCAGCCUUCACCACAGCACAUGAGCUAGGUCAUGUCCUCAACAUGCCUCAUGACAAUGUGAAGGCCUGUGAGGAGGUGUUUGGGAAACUGAAGGACAACCACAUGAUGUCCCCCACCCUCAUCCAGAUUGACCGCAACAGUCCCUGGUCUGUCUGCAGUGCCGCCAUCGUCACUGACUUCCUGGACAGUGGCCACGGUGAUUGUCUACUGGACCUGCCGCAGAAGCUGCUUGCUCUACCUGAGGACCCUCCAGGACUCAGUUACAGUCUUAGCCGUCAGUGUGAGCUGGCCUUUGGCUCCGGAUCCAAGCCCUGCCCUUACAUGCAAGCCUGUUCCAAGCUGUGGUGCACGGGACAGGCCAGGGGGCAGCUGGUGUGCCAGACUCGCCACUUCCCCUGGGCUGAUGGCACCAACUGUGGCAACAACAAGAUAUGUUACAGAGGGUCAUGCAUAGAGAAGAGCAACACUACAAAAGCCAAGGUAGAUGGCCACUGGGGUAAGUGGGGGGCAUAUGGAUCUUGCUCUCGGACCUGUGGGGGAGGAGUUCAGCUGGCCAAAAGAGACUGCAACAACCCUCUUCCAGAAAAUGGGGGCAAAUACUGUCAAGGCUUGCGUGUGAAGCAUCGCUCCUGCAAUCUGGAGCCAUGCAAAGAUUCAGGAAAAAGCUUUCGGGAGGAGCAGUGCGAGGCCUUCAAUGGUUUCAGCCUCAACACCAACAGGCUGGGCUCCUCUGUGGUUUGGAUCCCUAAAUACUCCGGAGUUUCCCCAAAAGACAGAUGCAAGCUCAUCUGCAGAGCCAAUGGCACGGGAUAUUUCUACGUUCUUGCCCCAAAGGUCGUGGAUGGAACACUCUGUUCUCCUGACACCUCAGCGGUCUGCGUUCAAGGGAAGUGUAUCAAGGCAGGCUGUGAUGGCAAGCUGAGCUCCAGCUUGAAGUUUGACAAGUGUGGAGUGUGUGGAGGGGACAACCAGAACUGCAAAAAGGUCUCUGGAGUCUUCACCAAACCCAUACAUGGAUAUAACUUUGUGGUCACCCUGCCUGUCGGAGCAUCAAACGUGGACAUCAGACAGCGUGGCUACCGUGGUUUGGUCAAUGAUGACAACUACUUAGCUGUCAAGGACAUCCAUGGCAAGUAUCUCCUCAAUGGGAACUAUGUGGUGUCUGCUGUGGAGAGGGACAUCAUUGUGAAAGGCAGCCUGCUGCGCUACAGUGGAACCUCCUCAGCUGUGGAGACGCUGCAUCUCACCAGACCUCUUCGGGAGUCCCUGACAGUGGAGGUUCUGUCUGUGGGCAAAAUGACACCUCCUCGUGUGCGCUACUCCUACUACCUGACCAAGGAUAGCAAAGAGGAGAAGAUCUUGAAGAAGGAGGAAAGGAACCAUGCCCAGAACAGCAUUCUGGAGGACACCAAUAAGGUGGAGCUGAAGAAGCCAGCCUAUCAGAAGCCCUCAAGUAAGUGGGUGUACGGUGACUGGGAGGUGUGUUCUGUGAGCUGUGGGAAUGGCUUUCAGAAAAGACUUGUCCAGUGUCUGGACUCUAAUGGUAAAGCAGCCACAUAUUGUGACAGCACUCAAAGGCCUAGUACCAUCAGGGUGUGUGGUGACCCUUGCCCCAUGUGGAGCACCGGAGAGUGGUCUGCUUGUUCAAAAAGCUGCGGGAAAGGCUUCAAGAGAAGGCCUCUACGCUGCAUCACUUUAUCAGGAUUACUUCUACCCAGAGACCAUUGCUCUGGCAAGAGGAAGCCCCAGGAACUAGAUUUCUGCUCUGUUCAAACCUGCUAGAGUCUUGCUAAGACUUGUUAUGACUCUUUCAGACGUUAAGCUGUAGACAUUCUGUAGGACAACUAUUUUCCAGCUGAAAGAAACUUGUUCUUUAUUUAGUUUCCAUUGUUUCUACUUUGGUGUCUCAUGGUGCCUCACCUUUGCAACAGGAGCAAAGCGACAGCUGAGACUGGAGGUGGACGUGAUUAAAAAAGGCACAUUACAAACUUUGGUAUCAUUUAUGUGAUGAGUCACACACAGCCUACCUCGAAAAAGACACUGAACUACAGUACAACAUCAACAACAAAGAGUCAGAACGCAGAACACAGUAAAAAUGUCCUCCCAAGUGAAAAACACAAAGGCAAAGGCAUCCUUAUUUCACACAUCACAAUAUUGCUGUUAGAAGAAUAAAUGAAGGCUUUUGAUUUGUAGUAAAUUAUCUGAAUCCACAUCAGUACCAUAAGUUAAAUGUGAAGAAAAGGGUAUACAAAAUAGGGAUGCAUGGCUCUUGCACUACAAGGGGUUUUCUAAGGUAACUUGGUUUUACUUUACUUGAACCCAAGUACAUAACCAUGACAUAAACAUAUCAUGGGAGAUGUCAUAUGCUGUCGUGACAGAUUUUGUUCAGUGAUAUCACCAUGGCUGCCAGGACCACAGUUGAACCCCCAACUUUUAAGGUACUGGGGUGAUGCCCUCACCACUUUUUAACACUUCUGUAAGAGUUUAGGACAAUUACAGUUUAUGUUCCACGCUAUGUGAAAUUGCCUAUAUGUCAGUUUCUAUAUUUUUUCUGCUAAGAUUAUGUUGUUCACACAUGUUGGCUAACAAUCUCUUUGAAUGGGGAGAAAUAAAGUCAAAAUUGAAAGCCACGUUAACAUUUCAAACAUAUAUUUGAAAUCAGUGGGAAACUGGAGAAAAAUCACAUGUUGCGAAUGUGCAUGUAUCUACAACAACAAAGGGCUUUUCCCUCGCUUGUGGCUUUACCAGCAUGUCAUUUGGCUUUUUUAAUUGAAGGGCAGAACGUUCCCCAUAAACAGAUCCCAUGUUACAAGCUUUCUUGUUCAUUUUACAACCUGUGAACUGUCUCCUCCUUUAUAAUGUAAGGACUUCGGCAGAACCCAGUGAGCCCACAGGUUCAAAACAUACAUUGACGCUGAUAAUAAACUGGUUAAUUGGGACAUGAUAUUAUAUUACAGCCAUCUCAUGGUCUGCUAUAUCUGUCUAAUGUGUUUGUCAAAUGUACAUUUUUGGCAGACACUCUUAUCCAGAGCGACUUAUAAUUUGAUAAUUUUACACAGGUAGGCGAAGGUAGUGUUAGAAGUCUUGCCCAAGCCUUGUCUUAUUGGUAUAGUGUAGGGUGCUGGCCCAGAUGGGGUAUUGAACAGCAUAGAAGGCAGAGGUGUUACCCACUACACUAUACCAACCAAAUGAUCUAUUAUGAACUGUCUUUUCACAUGGGAAUGCUUUAUUAAAAUUCAGCCACAUCAACAAUUUGACUACAUGAGGUGGGGGUGGAGAAAUUGUGGAGGAGAAAUAACAUACACUUGUGUCACAUAUUGUGAUACAAAAAGGCUUCUG